GGGCCUGGUGGGAGCACGCGCGCGCCCCGGAGGGCCUGGGCCAUGGCGCGGCAGCUCACUCGCGAGCAAGGCAUCACCCUGCGGGGCAGCGCCGAGAUCGUGGCCGAGUUCUUCUCUUUUGGCAUCAACAGCAUCUUAUAUCAGCGUGGCAUUUAUCCAUCGGAAACCUUUACUCGAGUGCAGAAAUACGGACUCACCUUGCUUGUGACUACCGAUCCUGAGCUCAUAAAAUACCUGAACAAUGUAGUGGACCAACUGAAAGACUGGCUGUACAAGUGUUCAGUUCAGAAGCUAGUGGUCGUCAUCUCGAAUAUUGAAAGCGGUGAGGUUCUUGAAAGGUGGCAGUUUGAUAUUGAGUGUGACAAGACUGCAAAAGAUGACAGUGCCCCCAGAGAAAAGUCUCAGAAAGCCAUCCAGGACGAAAUCCGCUCUGUGAUCAGGCAGAUCACUGCCACAGUGACGUUUUUGCCAUUAUUAGAAGUUUCUUGUUCAUUUGAUCUGCUGAUCUAUACAGACAAAGAUUUAGUUGUACCUGAAAAGUGGGAAGAGUCAGGACCCCAAUUCAUUACCAAUUCUGAGGAAGUUCGGCUUCGCUCAUUCACUACUACAAUCCAUAAAGUCAACAGCACUGUGGCGUACAAGAUUCCUGUCAACGAUUGAAGCCGAGCUAAGAACAAUAAUGUAUUUGUCAGUCUCAGGAGUGGUUUUCCUGAAACCAGGUCAACUGCAGUUGAUGUUUUAUUUCACUGGUUAAUUUUUAGAUGGGGAAAACAUAAAUUGUACUUUAACUGACCUGUAUGUCAUUGUUCCUUUUGGGGGGUACCCGUUUUGACUUUCCAUAAAGUUGAUGUAUAAAUUUAUUACACAUUGUUUCCAGAGACAACAAGCAGAUAGUCAGCUUUCGGGUGGCAAUGCCUUUGUAAGGUAGUAACUGUAGUAUAAAAACACUUUGCUCUAAAGUUAAGUGCUUUCCUAUUUGGGCCUUUUGGUCAGUUUGCUUGACUCAGAACAUAAGUAUGGAGGAAGAUAAACAGAAGGUACAGCAAAAGAACUCUGAACAUUCAGAAUCUUUGGGUCCUAGAGUAAAUAAAAUGACGAUGAUCUGUAAGUAAAGCAAUAUUGCUCUUAUUAGGUCUUUUUUGCCUGAUAUUUCACUGGUGUGUUUUCUACAUUAAUAAAAAUUCUAGCUAUUUGAUUUUAACUUCUGUAACUAGAUUCAAUAAAGCUAUGUAUAUUUCAGCUGUUUAAAUGCCUAUAGUUCAGAACUCUUCAGAAUACCUUUUCAUAUUUUAUGAAAUCAAGCUUAAAGUAAUAAUAAAAUAAAGUUAAAUGUGUAUGUUUUGAA